AGAUCCCACAUCACAAACUUGCUGCGUCAACAACAACAACGUCAACAGGAAACAAGAUGGUGCGUAUUUGUACAGCAAUAGUUACGUGGCUUAGGUUUUUGGUGUGAUUGCUGUAGGGUGUAUUUAGCAGAAAAGUGACUUAUUGAAGACAGUGGAGACCAACGAUGGCAUUCAAUUUGAGGCCGUUGAAUCAGAAGGCCGGUUUUCGAGACCAAGGCCUGGAAAAUAGGUCAAUCGAAAUUGUAGUCGAUAGGCCGUCGACGACAUUUGAAGAAGAACUAUUUGUUCCUGGAACAAAAACAAGAAGUGUGCAAAGCUAUGACUUUGCAACACCCCAACUUGAGACAAUGAAGCCAUUUAGAAGCUCAAGAAAUAAGUUUGAGACACUGAAAAAUGAAUUUAGAAAUAUGUUAAGCAUGCGACAGGCAAAGAAAAUAGCAGCUCUGUUGGUUUUAAAUUUUUUCUGCACAUUUUUCUUGAUUGUUACUGCAACAGCAACCAAUAGUAUGGCAUUGACUGCCUUUGCAUAUCUUACAAUUUUUGACUUUCUAUGUUUAUGCACUUGUUUCUUGUCGAUUUGGAUAUCACAACAGGUUCCAACAAAAACAUAUUCAUUUGGAUUUGACAGAUUCGAAAUAUUAGCAGUUUUUGUAUCUACAACAUUAACUCAGCUUGGAAGUUUCUUUAUUCUCAAGGAAAGUUUUGAAGGAUUAUUUCAAUACCAAGAAGUGAAAACAAACGGGCAACUGCCAAUGAUGCUUUUUGGGCUGUUUGUUCAUCUCAUUGUUAUUUAUGGAGUGGUGAACAGGCCAUUUUCUCAUGUAUCUAAUGUUGCUGCCUCUAAUCCUCUUCAAGAGUUUAUGCAGGACUUUGGAAAAAACAUUUGUGGCAUGGCCCCUAUACUGUCGAAGUAUUUAUUACCCCGACUGAAUCCAUAUGCACUGCUGGGGGAAUUCGCCGCGUUAAUGGUGCUUAUUGAAGUCUUUCUUGUUGAUCAACGAGCCUCGAGCCUGCCUGAUACAAUCUGUGCGAUGAUCAUUGCAUUCUUCACUUGCGUUACUAUGUUUCCUCUUGGCGCUUACAGUGGCAUGAUAUUACUGCAGGCUGCUCCGGGACAUAUGAUGGAAACUUUUGACAAAUUACUUAGAGAGGCAAACACCAUAGAUGGUGUGUUAGAAAUCAAGAAUGAACACGUUUGGAACGUUGGGUUUGAGCGAAUAGCGUGCUCAUUUCACGUGAGGGUGCGGCGAGAUGCAAUUGAACAAUUGAUUCUUGCAGAAAUCACUCAUCGUCUAUCACCGUUUUUGCAUCAUCUAACAAUUCAGAUUUUCAAAGAUGAAAGGAGUCUUCCAAUCAUAACUUAUGGAGAAGCACUAACUGGCCAAUCAACUAUUAAACUAAAUGACAACACUAACAUGUUUAGUUUUGAUUUUGAAAAAAGCUCAAAGUUUUAGUCAAUUAGUUUGUCAAACGUGUAACUUAACAAAUAAGUAGGAGAUCGUCUGUCGCGCCCAAUUGUCUUUUCAACCUCAGUUCAGGCACCACGCAGCCAUUGAGCUAGCAGGGGCUAUAGCCCCCCCCCCACUUUCUUUGCAAUAAUAGGCUAGAAAGUUUUUGCAAGGUUUACCCUAACGCAACUUUGAAUAGUUUACUCCUAUGUAGUAGCAGUUCUUCUUGACUGGGAACCUUUUAUGUUUAACUCGUGUUGUGAAUUUUUAUUUAUGUGUUCAAGGGCCAAAAAGGUGAUCGUAACGAUCUCGAGGACCCCGAAGUUCACUUUGACUGUAACAUUAUUUUGAAAAACAAUUAAAGUUCAACUAAAAAUUGAGAAGGUUAUCUGUAACUGUUUUGAAAUAUGUUCUGUAACUAAAAGUUGCUGUUUGCCAAUUUUUCUCUUUUUUGACCAGCAACGCUAUCAAAUCCCAACUUGCUUGUCAGAUUCAACUUUCUUUAGAGGGACAAUAAUUCAUAAAGGCUUAAUAAUAAUUUUUCAAAAUAUUUUCAGAAAA